AUGCGACCAGGCAAUGUUAAAGCGACUUCCCAGCAUCCCGAUCCACACUCGAAUGACUCGCCUCCCCGAACCCCUCCCGAAGCCUCCAGUUACAAAAAUGUGAAGAGGGGACGUCAUCGACGACCCUCCGUGCGCGAGACAUUUUUAGAUGACCUGAAUCCCACCGAUAAUGCAAAUCAUAGCGACGAGUCUGGGGACGAGCGGGAUCCGCAUGAUCUGUCGCUGUCCCCCAAGCAUGCUGCCCGCACCUCGAUCGUGGAUAACAUGUUGCUUUCGCUAGAUCAGUUUUCGUCCGGGACUUCGUUACUGGAUGAUUACCGCCUCUUCAACACUGUCUUCGAGCCCGACAAAUAUACCCGCACAUCUCAAGAUUCCAUGGCUCCACGACGGUAUCGAGGCCACACCUUCUCUUCGUCAGUAUCUUCCGAUGUUGAAUACAAUUAUGACGAAGCGACUGGUCGCUAUGGAGUUCAAACAGCGCGGGAUCGCCGGAGCAAUAGCAGCUCUAAUUAUCAUUCUAGCCUGAGAAGAUUCGAGAGCACUCAUAGCCGGGAUGGUAUGGGUUCUCGCGGUCAGAUCUAUGAUUAUAGAGCUGGGACCAGUGCUACCGCCCCUGCAACCCGUGCUGGGAGGAAAAGCAGUAAGGGAAGUACCUCUUCCAACAUGGAUUUCGGGCCGUCUCUUUCCAGGCGUCGGCCCGAUACGGGUAGCGAGAGGCGCUCUUCGAGCUUCGAAUAUGCCUCCAGAAAGCCAUUCAUGACCUUCCCCAAUGUUCCCACAGACUACGACCCGUUGUCGUAUGAAGGGAUGGAUGCAGCGCCCACCCCCAGUGUCCCUGCUGGCCCAAGAAAGUACCAUCCGUCAUCACCAGGUGAAUACGCUGGCCAGCUCAACACUCAGCCUGCUCGCACGCCUGCAGCCUCGCGAAGAAAUAGCAUCAAGUCCUCACGAGCAGGACAGUGUCGACAGCAGCGCCCCGAAAAUAUCGGUACUACAGCUAUCCGGACCCGGGAUCAUGACCUUCCACUUCUAGUUGAUACAGGUCUCGACCCUCCUUCGACCAUAUCGGCCUCUCUAGAUCCACCAGCACCAAGCCCCACGAUAUCGUUUCACAAGCCAAUAUUUCCUCCGCCACCUGAUCCGACUCCUGUCAAGGAGCGACCUGGGUUUUUUCGUCGUGUGUUUGGUUCUUCGAAGAACCCCAUCCCCUUACUAUCGGAUAGCAGUCCAUCAGAAAGUCCAUUCUCCCCGGAACGCGAUCUGGUGGAUACGAAUGGCAUCAGCCCUAAUGUAAAAGGAAGAAGGCAGCCAGCGAAGAACGCUGCGAGUGGUUCUAGUACUACUCGUGAGGGUGCUCAAGUUGUGAAUAAGAAGUCGUCGUUCUUUCGCCGACGGAAGAAGUCCGUGGCCGAAAACACCCCACAGGUUAUUUUACCCCAAGAUCUCGUAGCCAGGGCCAGGGAAAUCGCGAUGCCAGAACCCAGCCCAGUGAGCAGCUUGAGGAAAGUUAUGAAUCCGUAUCUGGCUGAUGCUAGCCCUAAUAAUAGCAACCAGGCAGUGGAUUAUUCAACUGAAUCCUCAGACUGGAGCACUGUCGCCAAUGAUCCAGAUAACAGGAAGCCAGAGAAUGGACCAGCACAGAAACCGAAGAGUAACACCCUGUCUCCCCCCAGCGGCGUGAAAACCAGAUAUAGCCUAUACCCCGCCAGUUCGACUGGCAACCAUGCUCAUGAUACUUCCUUUUUGGGAACCAGCAGUUGUGAUGAAGAGUCAGCUGCCAAAUCUAGCGACCUGGAAGCUACCCCGCUCACCCGUCGACCACAGGAGCGUGGUGGAAUGGGGCACGCUGUUGAAACACAGGAUAGCGAGGCAAAGAGUGUGGAGACUACGCAAAUUGGUGAAUUGUCGCAAACUGAGUCGACGCCUCAGAACAAUAUUUGCCCUCGCUCGGUGUCUCCAGUCGUUGAGCGCUCUUCCCUACCGGCUGCAGCUCCCGUUGACCCUGCUGGUGAGCGUUUUACUUCUCUCACCAAGGAAUCGAGAGACACCAAGGUGCUGUACGAUGGACCCAUCUGGAAUGACGAUUCGGACGGACCUAGCAAGCUAUCUACUCCGGCCAUAGACCAAGACUCUCCCCGGGCCUCAGUGUCAGAAGUUUCCAACUACUAUACAGCGACCAAUACUCCCAUAGUCGCGCACGCGCCCGAACUGGUGCCUCCUGAUGACGUGGAAGGUAAUGUUGAACUGUCAGAAGCUAGUUCUCCAGAUGAGCCGAGCAGUACAGACAGGGAGCAAGCGCAAAGGGUGUUUGAUGGACACGAUGAAUUUGUAGGAAAUGAGCCGGCUGCUGCUUGGCUUGGUGGUCCUGACCGUGCCAAGAUUCGAACUGCCUAUAUGGAACUAUUUGACUGGUCUAGCAUGAAUAUUCUUGCAGCUCUCCGGAGCCUAUGUAUGCGGUUGGUGUUAAAGGGAGAGACGCAGCAAGUUGACCGCGUUUUGGAUGCCUUUUCUACAAGAUGGUGCCGGUGCAACCCUCAUCAUGGCUUUAAAGCCGCAGACGUUGUACACACCAUCUGUUACUCCAUUCUCCUAUUGAAUACGGACUUGCAUCUCGCAGAUAUUGAGCAGAAAAUGACAAAAGCUCAAUUUGUUCGUAACACGAUGCCCACGAUUCAUCGAGUGGCAAUCGAUGCGUCCCCAGAUGAAUUUGGGAACAAAGUAAAGGUUUGGAAUGCGGAUUCCGGUCUCCCUCCUUCUCGAUCUCUGUCGUUUCCCGUAGAGCCCGAUAACAAGAACGUGGAGGAUAAGCCUGCAAAUCCACCUGGAAGGUUGUCGAACCGCCUCUCCCGAACAGACUUGUCUGCGAAAAUGAUGGGAGAUCCUGACAACGAGAUCGGACCCUUGGUCAAUGCUACCUUUACUGGAACAAUCAAGGGCUGGGAGCAGCAGGUUGAGUCGGUGCUCCGCGAUUUUUACUCUUCAAUUCAAAAGCAACGGCUCCCGCUACACGGCGCUCAGUCGGAGAGAGAAGCUUCUCGGCCGGCAUCUAGUGCAUUGCUUGUUCCCAGCCAGAGUGGCCUUCGCAGAAGCCCAAGCACUAUCAGCAAAAGUGGCUCGGAUAUUUAUCCUCGAGGCCGGUCCGCUGAUUCCCGAUACGGUACAGCGCGCUGGUCUUCAAAGCCUCGUUCUCGAGCUAGACUCUAUCCUCCUUCCACUCUGGGCAGUCGGACGAGCCUGGAUGAUCAGUCAUCCCUGUGGAGUCCAUCUGGUUCUAGUACUUGGAGCAAAUACUCUCUUGGGAAACUGACAUCAGUAUCUGUUGAUUCCUUCGGGUCUGAUUAUCCUCGUGGGGAUUACCAACAGUCUAUUGGUUUCGCGAAUGCGCUCAGCCAAGCAAUUAUUCGUGAAGACUCUGCCCACUCCAUUGCUAGCACUGAGGACGCGGAGAGGACUGGGAUUCUCCUUGAAGAUGAAACUCUGCAACUUGCGGGUGCACCAUGGGCCAAGGAAGGAAACUUGAAGCACAAGCACCAUCUAGAUUCCCUCGACAAACGAGCCAAGGACCGAAACUGGAAUGAAUGCUUUGCUGUCAUUCAGCAAGGUUGGAUGCGUCUCUUCUCGUUCAAUGCAUCUGCCAAAUCGGCCCGUCAAAAGUCGAAACAGCGUCAUCCUGGUGGGGUUGUGGUGGGAGGUGGUAACUGGACAGAAAACGCCGAGGAGACUUGGAAAUUCCUUUUGCGCCAGUCGAUCGCCAGCGCCCUCCCACCUCCAGGAUACUCCAAGUCGCGCCCGCACGUUUGGGCUCUGAGUUUGCCCACUGGUGCGGUACAUCUUUUCCAGGCGGGAACCCCGGAAAUUGUUAGAGAGUUCGUUUCUAGUGCGAAUUACUGGAGUGCAAGGUUAUCCAAAGAACCUUUGAUUGGAGGUGUUAGCAACAUCGAAUAUGGAUGGAGCGAUGCCAUUAUCAACAGUGCCUUGAUAUCCCCAGAGGCAAAUCGGUCGCCCCCAUCUUCAUCUGGGGCACGGCCUAGUAUCCAGAGCUCUAUUCGCAGCUCUAUGGAUCAGCAGGGUGUACGGCCCAGACUGCCAGCCGACCGAGUGAAUAUCAGUGAUUGGUCUCCACCACAACAGAGCAUGAUGGCCGCCACUUUGGGAGAGGCCGAUCAGCUGAAGGGCCUGCAGACCUACGUCAAGAAUGUUGAGGAUGAACUGCAACGGCACAAUGAGUUGCGCCCCGCUAUGAUCCUCGCCUUCUCACCGCGUCACCCGAAUGCUAUAAAGGCUAUGGCCAACUGGGAGAAGAAGUCGUCAUACCUUCUCCGGGAGAUUGUGAAAUUCCGAACCUACAUUGACUCCCUUCAAAACGCCAUCGACCAGAAGAACAAAAUUUACUCAUCGCGGGAGGAAGCACAACCUUCUGAGGAAUAA